AUCUAUUAGCUUAUAUUCAAAAUAAAAAAUUUUAUGGAAAUUAAUGAAGCAAAUAUUCAGCUAUUGGCUUCGCAAUUAAGAGAAACAUUACACCCAGAUUUUAAUAAAAGAAAAUCUGCAGAAAAUUUUUUGCAAUCUUUUGAGGGCAAUGCUGGAUAUUCUCUAUUAUUAUUGGCAUUAGUUGCUAAAGCGGAUGCAGAUAUGGUCAUUCGUUUAAGUGCAGCAAUAGCUUUCAAAAAUUUAGUAAAAAAACAUUGGAAAGAUGAAUAUAAUGAAUCUAUACUACAAGAAUCUGAUCGCUUAUUAAUUAAAGAUCAAAUUGUUAAUUUGAUGACCAAUAUGCCUGAAUCUAUUCAAAAACAAUUGGGUGAUACUAUUAGUAUAAUUGGUAAAGAAGAUUUUCCAGAUAAAUGGCCUAAUUUAUUAAACAAUAUGGUUGACAAAUUUAGAACUGGGGAUUUUAAAAUGAUCAAUGGUGUUUUGCAAACAGCACAAUCAAUAUUUCAAAGAUAUAGACAUGAAUUCAAAUCUGAUGUUUUAUGGACUGAAAUUAAAUUUGUCUUAAAGAAUUUCGCCUUUCCCCUUACUGAAUUAUUUAAGGCUACUAUGGCUCUACUUCAGCAAUACUCAACUGAUGUAAAUGCUUUGAAUGUUAUCAUUCAUUCCUUAACACUGAUAAGUGAAAUAUUUUACAGUUUAAAUUAUCAAGAUUUGCCUGAAUUUUUUGAAGAUAACAUAGCUGUUUGGAUGGACAACUUCCUGACUCUUCUUACCCUAGAAAAUAAAUCCCUGACAAAUAAUUCAGAAGAAACGCCGGGCAUUUUGGACGUUUUAAAAUCGAAAAUAUGCGAAAUAGCGACUCUUUACGCCCAAAAAUACGACGAAGAAUUUGACAAAUACGUUCCACCAUAUUUCAAAGCUAUUUGGACCAUAUUGACCCCGUUGCCCAAUCAACCCAAAUAUGAUUUGUUGGUAGUUUCCGGUUUUGAAUACUUGUCGGUGGUUAUAAGGAAAUGCGAAAAUCUUCAGACCUGGUUCGACCUCGACCAAAAUAACGCUAACGUUUCUCUCGCCGGUAACGAUCAAGCUUGGAAGAACAAUUUUUGCCAAACAAUUUGCUCCUCCCUGAUCGUGCCCAAUCUCUGGCUGCGCACCAGCGAUUCCGAGAAUUUCGAGGACAAUCCGUUCGAAUACAUAAGAUUCGAUCUUGAAUCCUCAGACGUCGGAACGCGACGCAAAGCAGCGUCGGAUUUAAUCAAAUCUUUGAAAACGAGAUUUACUCCUGUCCCCUUACCCAUCAAUCAAAUUACGCUGCCCGCCCAUCAAGACGAUAUGUUUAGAACCUUCGUCGCCUACGGGCAAACCCUACUGGCUAGGUACUACGUAGAUAGGAGCAAGGAGUGGAAAUGCAAAGACUUGGCUUUGUAUCUGUUUAAUUGCAUAUCGCCACCGCCUCCCCUUCUAAAUCAAGGUGCGCUUGACGAUCAAAAGAUUUCGCGAGAGGAUGUCAUCAAAUUUCUUGGUACCGAGAUACUGCCCGAAAUCGCUGAGGGAAUCAACACAAAAGACGAGGGCUUAAUCAUAGUCAAGGCUGAUUGCAUAAAAUUCUUGAUUCUAUAUCGAAACGCUCUAGCCUGCGAUCAGGUCAUACUGACCAACUGUGCCAGACACAUUGUACAACACUUUUUACUCCACCCAUCCAUAGUCAUCCAUUCCUAUUCGGCUAUAUUCCUAGAGCGAUUAUUGUUGUCCAAUCAAAAAAUCACGUUUAAUAAUUCACGAACACUACUUAAUCCCGAAAGCAUUAAAGAUUUGAUCCCGCAAAUUAUAGAAAAUAUUUUCGCAUCGAUGUCCUACAAAAAUUCAACCGAAAACGAAUAUUUGAUGAAAGCUUUGAUGAGGUGCGUAUCGACACUUAAGGCUCACAUCGGACCUCUCGUUUCCGCCAUAGUCGCUAAAUUAACCGAAAUUCUCGCGCGAAUUAGCAAGAAUCCUAGCAAACCCUAUUUUAAUCACUACCUAUUCGAAACAUUGUGCAUAGCCAUUCAAGCAUCGCCAACCGCUAUACCCAAUUAUCAACAAGGUCUUUUUAUCGUGUUCCAAGAUAUCCUCAAGAAUGAAGUCCAAGAAUUCGUUCCUUACGUAUUUCAAGAGCUAGCGGCCCUCAUAGAGAAUUCUCCCGAUUCUUCCCAUCCGGCUGUCAAUCAAACUCCUUCUAUCGAUUACGUCCACGAUUUGCUUCCCAGCAUAUUAGUGCCCAGUUUAUGGGACAAGCAGGGCAAUAUUCCGGCACUCGUCAGGCUCCUGCAAGCUUUUCUCUUCAAAUAUCGUUCUAGAAUAGGGGAAGACCCCUCCAAAAUCUCGGCGAUAUUAGGCGUGUUUCAGAAGCUUCUCUCAUCCAAAGUCAACGAUCACCAUGGCCUAAAACUCAUUCAAUACGUAUUUCAAUAUAUUUCAAGGGAGAAAAUUAACCCGUACACCAAACAAAUAUUUUUUUUGCUAUUCCAACGAUUGCAAAUGGCCAAGACCCCCAAAUAUUUAAAAGGUCUUAUCCUGUUCUUCUGUUUUUACGUGAACGAAUUUGGCCCAUCACAACUUUUCGGUGUCGUAGAGGAGAUACAACCCAAUAUGUUUAAGAUGACGUUGGAAAAAAUUAUAGCGCCGAAUUUGAAUAGUUUAAAUAAAUACGAGGAAAAACGAAUUUGCUCCUUGGCUCUCAUCAAGAUAUUGACAGAUUGUCCCGAAUUUAAGAUGCAACAGCAUCCGGAAUUAUGGUGCACCCUAUUGGAAAUGCUAGUGAAACUUCUGGAGGAUCAAGAGGAUAUCACUAGCUCGGUUUCGAAACUUGACGAACCCUUGACCGAACAAGGGAUAGGAGGAGGGGAAUAUUCUUCAGGCGAUAAUCUCUUGGAUCCCCCACUCGACGAGGAAUAUAGGGCAUCAUUUUCUAGGCUUUUCUCUUUACCUGAAUCCCUGGUAGGCGAUAACACACCAAAUUUAACUGUUGGUGGUAGCGCAACAAAUCUUAAAAAGGGGGAAACCAAAGCAUUUUUAGCUAAUCAGCUCAAUAAUAUGGCAAAACAAAUACCUAUGGGACAGAUGAACGAUGUAAUGUCGAAGAUGGAACCAAAAACCAAGCUGAUUUUGAUUGAAUAUAUGAAGAAUUGCAAUUUAACUUUAUGAAGUCCUGAUUAAUCUUUAAUCGGAAAUUAUAAAAAAAAAUCAAGUUUGUAAACCUUAUUUGUUUGAAGAGAACGAAAAAAAUCUAAUCUAUAUUAGAAAUUGUUUUUUAAACAUGUAUUAUUGUAAAAAAGGAUGUAUUAUAAUUAUAAAUAAAUUUAUUUGUGUAUUGAUUUUGAUA